CUGAAAACACUGUAUGAAGUCGAAAACCCCACGCCUGUAUGUGAUUCGGGUUGCGUUCACUCGUAUUAGAACUCGUUGAUCAACUGACCUGUAGAGUCAGAUCAUGUGACAGAAUGGAGGCGUCGCUGAAAAACAUUCACCCGUUCACCACAUACACAUACCGCCAGGAGCCCAUUUCACAAUAAACGGAUAAGGCGACAAACACCCCUGUCCAACUCAGCUCGUAACGUUUAUUUCCUCACACUGCAAUGAAAUGAGGGGAGCAUGGGGGCCAAGGAGUCGAGGAUAGGAUUCCUGUCAUAUGACGAGGCCGUUAAGAGAGUCACUGAUGUGGAACUGAAGCGGCUGAAAGAUGCCUUUAAAAGAACCAGCGGCCUCUCCUAUUACAUGACCCAGCAGUGUUUCUACAGGGAAGUGCUGGGAGAUGGAGUUCCCCCUAAAGUUGCAGAGGUGAUCUACACCUCGUUUGGAGGCUCUGCCAAAGGGCUGCACUUUAACAAUCUGAUCGUGGGUUUGGUACUUCUGACCAGAGGACGUGAUGAGGAGAAGGCAAAGUACCUCUUCAGCCUGUUUGCCAGUGAUCUGGGUGGAUAUGCUGCCAGGGAAGAUAUAGAAGCAGUUCUGCAGGUCCUGGAUGGAGAAGUCCCGGCCUCCCUGAAGGAGUUCUUUGGCGAGGGAGACAAGGUCAACUACGAUCGCUUCAAGAACUGGCUCCUGCAGGACAAGGAAGCCUUCACUUUGUCCAGAUGGCUACUGUCGGGAGGAGUGUGUGUCACGCUGACGGAUGACAGCGACACGCCCACUUUCUACCAGACCCUAGCGGGCGUCACACACCUGGAGGAGUCUGACAUCAUAGACUUGGAGAAGCGCUACUGGUUGCUGAAAGCUCAGUCCAGAACCGGCCGCUUUGACUUGGAAACUUUCAUUCCUCUCGUCUCUCCUCCUAUUCAUGCGUCACUGAGUGAAGGCUUGUUUCACGCCUUUGAUGAAAAUCGGGACAAUCACAUCGACUUUAAAGAGAUCUCUUGUGGACUCUCGGCAUGCUGCAGGGGGCCUGUAGCUGAGAGACAGAAAUUUUGCUUUAAAGUGUUUGAUGUGGACCGUGAUGGGGUUCUGUCUCGAGAUGAGCUUCAUGAAAUGGUGGUGGCCUUGCUGGAGGUGUGGAAGGACAAUCGGACAGACUUACUCCCUGAGCUGCAGAGUAGUGUGUCAGACAUAGUAGAAGACAUCCUAAAGAUGCACGACACAACUAAGCUGGGUCACCUGACCCUCGAGGACUACCAGAUCUGGAGUGUGAAGAGCGCUUUGGCCAACGAGUUCCUGAACCUGCUUUUUCAGGUGUGCCACAUAGUCCUGGGGCUCAGGCCUGCUACUCCUGAGGAGGAGGGGCAAAUCAUCAGGGGUUGGUUAGAGAGGGAGAGCAGACAUGGGCUGCAGCAAGGCCAGAACUGGUUCCUCAUCUCUAUGCUGUGGUGGCAGCAGUGGAAAGACUACGUUAAAUAUGAGCAUAAGGGCAUCGUGGUGGAACAGCCAUCCAUCCUGAGCUCACUCAGAACUCCAAUGGCCACGGCCACCGUCGAGCCUGCCCUCCCUGAAAGACUGGGAGGACCCGCCACGUCCGGCCACGUCAGCCCCACCGAGGAGAGGUCACCUGAUGCCGUGUCCAGUGCCUCAGAGGCUACGGAAACUGCAGCACUGAGCCCACAGGUAGCUCCCUCAGCCACAGAGAGCUGUUUCGCACGUCAGCACAAUGUCUCAGACAACAACAAUCAGUGUUUUUCUGGAGCCAACGGCCACCUCCCCUCCCAGCUGGCAGCACAAAGACCCGGAGCCAUCGACAACCAGCCUCUGGUCACCACUGACCCCAUGAAGGCGCCCACGUUAACUAUGGAGGGCGGCAGGCUAAAACGCUCCCUGCAGCUGCUGCCUCGUAGAGACUUUGAGACGGUGCCAGAGCCUGUGUGGCGGGCGCUCUACCACUGGUACGGUGCCAACCUCAGCCUGCCGCGACCGGUAAUCUUGGAAAGCAAGACAGGCCAGCCGGAGCUGGAACUCUUCCCCCGCUACCUCCUCUUCCUUCGCCAGCAGCCGGCCACGCGCUCCCCCCAGUCCAACAUCUGGGUCAAUAUGGGUAUGACCAGCCUGCGAAUGUUCCCACCGUAUUUACCCCCCACAAGAGGUAACGUGCCGUCCCCCAACGCUCCUCUGAAGAGGAUGCUGGCCUACACGGGCUGCUUCAGUCGCAUGGGCACCAUUAAGGACAUCCACCUGUACCUGUCGCAAAGGCUCCGCAUCAAGGAGGAGGACAUGAGGCUCUGGCUCUACAACAGUGAGAACUACCUCACACUUCUGGAUGAUGAAGAUCACACACUGGAAAGCCUGAAGAUCCAGGAUGAGCAGCAGCUGGUUAUUGAAGUCAGGAACAAAGACAUGAGCUGGCCUGAGGAAAUGUCUUUCAUUGCCAACAGUAGUAAGAUGGACAGACACAAAGUUCCCACGGAGAAAGGGGCAACUGGCCUCAGUAACCUUGGCAACACCUGCUUCAUGAACUCGAGCAUCCAGUGUGUGAGCAACACCAAGCCUCUCACAGACUACUUCCUCUCAGGAAAACACCUCUACGAGCUCAACAGAACCAAUCCCAUUGGGAUGCGAGGUCACAUGGCCAAGUGUUAUGGCGACCUGGUGAUGGAGCUGUGGAGUGGGACACAGAAGAAUGUAGCUCCACUCAAACUCAGGUGGACGAUAGCAAAGUACGCCCCCCGUUUCAAUGGCUUCCAGCAGCAGGACUCUCAGGAGCUGCUGGCCUUCCUCCUGGAUGGCCUCCACGAAGACCUGAACAGAGUCCACGAGAAGCCCUAUGUGGAGCUGAAGGACAGCGAUGGUCGGCCAGACUGGGAGGUGGCCUCUGAGGCGUGGGAGAAUCACCUGCGUAGGAACCGCUCCAUCGUGGUCGAUCUGUUCCACGGACAGCUCAAGUCUCAGGUGAAGUGUAAGACCUGUGGCCACAUCAGCGCUCGCUUUGAUCCCUUCAACUUCCUGUCUCUGCCUCUGCCCAUGGACAGCUCCAUGCAUCUAGAGAUCACCGUUAUCAAACUGGACGGCUCCACGCCCGUGCGCUACGGCCUGAGGUUGAAUAUGGACGAGAAGUACACCGGGCUGAAGAAACAGCUGAGUGAACUGUGCAGCCUGAAGCCCGAGCAGAUCCUCCUGGCUGAGGUCCAUUCUUCUAAUAUCAAGAACUUCCCUCAGGAUAACCAGAAGGUCCGUCUGUCUGUCAACGGCUUCUUGUGUGCGUUCGAGGUCCCGGUGCCAGGUUCACCAACAUCACUGAGCUCACCCACACUGACAGAUAUCACACCUAUAGCCAACAACACAGCUGCUAAUGGGCACGUAGGCAGUAAGCUAGACCUCAUCCCUAACGGUGGGCCCUGCAGCCCUGAGACGCCUCUGGCCAACGGGGUUGCCAAUGGACACAUCACACCGGUGCACGAGAGCCCCUUUAUUGGAUACAUCAUCGCUAUGCACAGGAAGAUGAUGCGCACAGAGUUAUACUUCCUGUCAUCUCAGAAGAACCGACCCAGUCUGUUCGGCAUGCCGCUCAUUGUUCCCUGCACUGUGCACACCAGUAAGAAGGACCUGUAUGACGCAGUCUGGAUCCAGGUGUCCAGACUGGCCAGUCCCCUGCCCCCACAGGAGGCCAGCAACCACGCCCAGGACUGUGAUGACAGCAUGGGCUAUCAGUACCCCUUUACUUUGAGGGUCGUGGGUAAGGAUGGAAACUUGUGUGCCUGGUGUCCGUGGUACAGGUUCUGCAGAGGCUGUACGAUAGAGUGCACAGAAGACAGAGCUUCUGUAGGAAAUGCUUACAUAGCUGUGGACUGGGAUCCAACUGCCCUGCAUCUCCGCUACCAGACCUCCCAGGAGAGGAUUGUGGAGGAGCACUGCAGUGUGGAGCAGUCUCGGCGAGCUCAGGCUGAGCCCAUCAGCUUGGACAGCUGUCUGAAGGCUUUCACCAGCGAGGAGGAGCUGGGAGAGGACGAACUCUACUACUGCUCCAAGUGCAAGACCCACCGGCUGGCCACCAAGAAGCUGGACCUCUGGAGGCUGCCACCCAUACUGAUUGUCCACUUGAAGCGCUUCCAGUUUGUGAAUGGUCGCUGGAUCAAGUCCCAAAAGAUCGUCAAGUUUCCACGGGAGAAUUUUGACCCCAGCGCCUUCCUGGCUCCCAGGGAUCUCGAGCAUCGCUGCCUCCACUCCCGCAGUGAGAGCGAGGAUCUGCUGAGGGUCGGAGAAGACAAUCUGUCCUCCAUCUCUGCGCCCGCUGGCUUUGGCAACCUCCCCAAAGCUUCCCCAGCUUCAAGCAGGAAGUCUGCUCCCUCUCUCAGCCGGAACGGUAGCCCGUCUGGCAGCCCGAAGACCGGGAGCGGAGGCCGCAGACCAGGUCGGUUGCGGCUUCCCCAGCUGGGCAGCAGACAUCGCCUUUCCAACAGCAAGGAGAACCUGGACGGAGCAGCUAAUGCUGAGGCUGAAUCGAGAGACGAUGCACCACAGGCAGACCCAGAGGGUUCAGCAGCAGGAGGAGCGUCGGGGCUUCAGGGGUCAGGAGAGGGCGUUACAUCAGAAUCGUCCUCCGGUAGUGAAGCAUCCAGCAGCCACUGUGACGUGGUCCUUGUGAACGGAGACAGCAACGGGCUGUGCUCAGACUGCAGCACAGAGAGCAGCACGGAGCCGGACGGCUCUCUGCUGCAGCACAGAGACAACAUGUGUCUGGAUGCCAUAUACAACCUCUAUGCAAUAUCAUGCCAUUCAGGAAUAUUGGGAGGAGGCCACUAUGUGACAUAUGCCAAAAACCCCAAUGGGAAAUGGUACUGUUACAAUGACAGCAGCUGUAAGGAAGUGCACUCUGAGGAGAUCGACACCGACUCGGCCUACAUUCUCUUCUACGAGCAGCAGGGAGUCAACUACUCCCAGUUCCUGCCAAAGAUCGAUGGCAAGAAGAUGGCCGACACCAGUAGCAUGGACGAAGACUUUGAGUCAGACUACAAGAAAUACUGCGUCCUCCAAUGAGCGCAGCUCGUCUUCCAUCAGCCAGCACUACGCCCGCUCGCCUCUUUCAGCCUGCUGCUCUGAACAGGAAGCACCAGAAGAUCUCACGAACGGCUAACAGUUGAACCGCGCGCCGUCUUUAGGGCUGCUUCGCAGCACUUUCUAAACUCGACUGCAAACACGCAUCGGUGAAAAGGUUUGCUAAGACAACAGCGAAGCCCCUCCCUGUGAAAGCACCUAACCGGUGCACUUUGCUGAGCCCGACGAACUCCCAUCAGCUCCCACCCCGUGAACAUCGCCAUAACAUACAUGUAAAAUAUACUUGCACACUAACGCAUCUCUGAAUGUAUGGCAGUACGGCCGAGUCAUGCAGCGAUGUUGCUUUCUUAUCGUGCAUUUAUCACUUGUGAUGUCAGGAUUCAAAACAAAAGACAGCUUUUUCUACCCGGAGUCACGAUUUGACCUGACCAGGGAAAAACCGAUGUGCUCCAGGCGUGAGUCCCUGCAGGCCUACAGAUGCCAACUGUACGCAGGGUCCAGCGCUCACUGUGUGCUGGAGUCACAUUUAGUGCCACGGGUCAACGUGAUGCGGAGACAACAGAUGCCAGGGCAAGCUUUCAAACGAAUGGUUCUGCUGAGGUUUUAUUAGCGAUAGUGUGAGUAGGAAAACACGAGUCAUACGCUACCUCAUCGCUUCCCGCAUUCUUUCAGCCAACUGGACCCUAAAAGUCUGUGACAGUAUUAAUAUCAUGAAAUGCUUCCUUUUAGUGUAGGAGACUCGGUACAAACAUUUCAGGAACAUCCCCCACAAACAGCCCCCUCCCCUUCUACGACACCUGCACAGGUCCUGAUGUUCACUUCAAAUUCGGCACAUUUGCCAAAAACUGUGUUUGGUCCUGCAGCUGCCAAAUAUCCACGGUGAUUUGUGCAAUGUUGACCAGUAUGUAGCCACAACGACUGAGAGUCUGGGUUUGUUUGGGACAGGUGCCAUGAUUUAAAAAAGAUGUAUGGUAUAUGUUUAAUUUUGUCUUUUUGGGGAUUAUGUAAAUGUGUCAUUUUAGAGGAUCUGAUUUAUUUUUUUAUUUUAUUUUUUGCUUCAGGCUUCCUAACGGCCACACCUGUAGACAUCAGGCCCAUCUUCAUGGGGCUGUUGCAAACCUCUGCAGUUCUCUACUGUCGACUCAAACCUGGACUUCCUGCGUCCAUCACAGCCAAUUAGUUAUUUUACUGUUUGUUAUUUUAAAAGUGUCAAAACUGAAGAACCAGAGAUUUUUUUUUUGAUUUGCUUCUUGUCAAAGCCUGUAAACCACAUUACCCAUAAUGCUAUUCAAAAUCCAACUUUAGUCUUUAUAACUGUGUCUCAUAUGGCGUACUUCUGUACUUACACUUCACCUUUCGAUUUCUAACAUUGUUCACAUUGAAACCUGCGUGAGUCACACAGAUCAGGGUGAGAUGUUUCUAACCUUCACCAGGUGUCACCUUGGCUGCUUUGCACAGAGGCAGGGAAGCCUUUGUUAGCCACAAGUGUUACGUGUGUUGUGCUGUUGGGUGUUUUGUUUUUCACACAACUCUACUAGGGCAGCUUUGCAUGAUUCACAGUUUGGGUACUUUUAGCUGCACCGUGCAGACGUGGAGUUGGAAUAGCACCUGGGUUUUAACUUCUGUUCCUGAAGUGAUCAUAUGACAUAUAACUACUCUCAGUGAAUUCAUAUAGACCUGAUAAACCUUCCCGGACUGUGAGGUCAGAGGUCAUGCUGUUUAAUAUGAGCAGUGACUUUUGCACCAACGUGUGCACGAAAUAAGGAAGAGGUCCUUGAGUGUCGAGUACGGACGUGCACUCAUAGAUCGGACGGAUAUCUAACAAAUAUCUCUGAUAAAUUCACAGUCGUGUGUGAUUUCAGACAACUCUACCCUGUCAGAGUUCACACACUGUGUCAGACAGUUUGUAGUGUACUAACACCAGUAUUUCAUUUGAGACACAGUGAGAGGCGAAUGCAGUGACCAAUGGAGCGGCUGCAGAGGGCUGGUCAGCUCGCUUCUCUCCGGCUCCACAUCAUUACAUUUUUAAUGCUUCCAUCUUGUAUUUUUGAGUUUUAAUGUGUAAUAGGAACAGAACUCCCUUUUAACAGCAUGUUUUUGGCUCAGCCUCGGGUUCAAUGCCGCUUAGCACACCAAAAACCUGUAGUAUGAGUGUGCAUCACUGACAGAACAUGUAUAAAGAUGCAGUGAAAUAUCACUGCAGUGGUCCCACCUCCUGCUGCUUAGGUGAUCAUAGAUGCUCCAGGUACACUUUUUAUUCUUAGAGGGAAAAAAUAAAUCUAUGGAUAACCACUUGUUGGCUAGCUCACUGGCUACAGUAUCCAUAGGCUGGUAUAUUAGUCACUUGUGCACUUGGCCACAUCUGCCCUGCCUCCUGUAUGAGCAGCCUGCUUGUGAAUGACACCACCAAUGCAAGCAUUCACCUUUCUGAGCUUUCUGGGCAUCGAGCCUGGGGAGCCGUGUGAGGUGCCACCUUCCUGUACAGUCUCUGGUCACUGCAGCAGGGGUGCUGAAACCACAUAUUUGUGAAUGGGUACCAUCAAAGCACAAAACAACCUGAAAAGUCUUACUCCAGCUUCUGUAUUUCUACCAGAUCUUAAUGCCCACUCUCAAUCGAUGGACUGUCACAAUCUCAUUUUAAUAGCUUAGUGUUUCAUAUCAUAAACCAGUUUCCCCCAUUUCCUCAGCUGAGGCCAUCUAGUGGGCCAGUCCAACUCUGAUGGGUGUCCAACAAAAGCGAGUGACAUGUCAGUGUAGACAGAGCAGUGGCAACAGUGUCCAUUUUUAAUGAUUUCAUUUCUUAGCUUGAUGACUGGGAUGAUGGUUUCUGGUGGAAAUGACUAAAUAUUUAAACUCUUGUUUUUUCAGGAAGUUCUAUGAAAGUUUUAAGAAAAAUCAAAUAAGUGUCUUAGAACGUUUUCUCCUUUUGCCGGGAUGUUUUCAGGGAAAUGAUUUGGAAACAACCAUCCCCCCUUAGACGUGCUCACGUAUGACCCUUGGAAAGUAACCAAAGUCUGUGAGGACCGUAAGCGCAUCGCGACACGAUUGGAGCCAGCGUUUGAGCAUCUGAUUUGUUUCUGUGUGCUGAGUCAAAGUGCUGCUUUGACGUCCGUUCCUCCUUAUGUCUGAAGGUUUGGCUGCUUUGACGUGACUGCUGAGGUCUCUUUGAGAUGGACGAGCCCAUGUUUUCACCGCAUGGCUCCAGCUGCAGAGUUCUGUGUGUCUGCUUUGUAGCAGCAACGGCGGAGCUCCUGUCACGUCGGGGGGCUCCGUCUAAUCACUGUGAACAGACGGCAGACUGUCGAUGGCGCCCGGCUUCGUCUUCUAGAGCGCAGAGACGUCUCUGCGUUCGUCCCUGUUUUAGCUGCUGUAUUUGUGAGGAGACGACUUUGUUAUGGAUGUACUUGGAGAUACAUCUGUCACUGAAUGAAACUUUAUUUCCUUCUGCAAAGAUUACAUUUGUUGAACAAAUGGAAAUGUACAUAAGAGUGUUAUUUAUGUUUGCUUGGCCAGCUCUUCUUCUUUCCCCCUCCACCCUCCUGCCAUUGCACCGAGCUGUAGACAAUGUCCAGUUUGUGUCUGUGGUUGGAGGUUAUCACAGGACUCGAAGGAAAAACUGUCCCUUGAGAACCCAGUUUGCAAUGUUUGCUCUACUUAAAGGUGCAAUAGAUGUCAACUUCUUUCUUUUCCCUUUGUUUCUUGGGCUGUGAAUGUGCCCUCAAACCACCGGUAGCUUAAUCUCUUAGCAGAAAUGUUUCAUGUCGGGGUUACUUUCAGCACAAUUUUUCUAAUCCAGGAUCGAGGCUUCGACGCCCAGGGAAACCGGACUAUCUCUGAAACUGGGCAAACACGGAUUCUGUAGAACGUCGGGCUAACAUCUGAAACCCCGCUCUGUAACACCAAGCCCCGCCCCCCCAGGAAGAUUAGUUCACAGCGUGUCAGGCAGUGCAAUCUACUACUGAGCUGUCUUUCAGUGUGUGUAGCCUCUUUUUUUAUUUAAGUUCAUAUCUGUCUGAUGUGAACCAGAUGUGUUAAUUUAAAGAACUUUUUUUGUAAGGUGUUUGUUGGAAGAAAGUCACAUUGCACUGACAUAAAAACGUGUACAUAAAGAAAACGUGUUUUGUAAAUAAGCCAAUGAAAACUAUGUAUUUGAAUAUGAACUGUACAAAAUACUGUACCUGUAGUUGUAUAUGGAGUGAUCCUGUUGAUCUGUAACGAAAUACCCAAGCAACAAAUUAAAUUCAGCAGAGGAAAUGACA